AUGGCGACGCUCUUCGCCCGGCGCCAGCUCUAUCGCGUCUCAAUCAGCAGCCUCCGGCUGUCCACGCCACAGCGAAGAUGUUUCUUUGGCAUGGGCGAGAUCCUAGGUGUCCUCACCAAUCCAGCAGAGACGUUACGCCAGCUCAAGGAGUCCAAGGACAUGCUACAAAAGGCCAAAGAGGAGACCGAGCUGCGUAAUGAAGCCAAGAAGAUUCCGCCGAAGCAUACAUUCUCGAAAUUGCCUGGUUUCCAUGGCCGCAAAGUUGAGCAGGAGCUCCUGCGAAAGGUCUUAUCGAAUACACCAAAGUUGACUGUGAUGUUUGGCGCUACCAGCGUGGGCAAAACAGCACUUUUGAGGGAAGUGCUCGCGACCGAGGACUUUUUCGUUGUGAAGUUCGAUCUCAGAAUUAGUGGUUUUGCUGAUCUGAGGACUUUGUAUAUUGCUCUUUGUGAGCAGUUUGAACGCUUUUUCGAGGAGAUGCACGAUGAGGAGAUGGAUAAGAACAAACUCACGUUUAAGCACCGGCAACUGGAAUUGCUCGAAAAGGAGAAGCCAGAUAAUGCUGGUAAUGCUGGAUAUACGGUUACUGUUGCGGAUCUGGCGAGCUUGAUGGAAUCUCUGCAGAGCUGUUUGCUCAAGUAUUGGGAGUAUGAGCCCAAGACUGGGAAAGAGGAAGGUGACGAGCAAGGCGCCAAGGCUCGUCAGGUGGAUGCUACAAAGCCAUCGUCAGCUUUGGAGUAUGCAAAGUCCAAGACUACGCAGAAGGAAGGUGAAGGCGAGGGCGAAGAAGAGGCUGCGGAGCCGUUCAAGAAGCGACCAAUCGUAUUCCUUAUGGACGAAGCCCACAAGUUGCCUGCACUGGUCAACGAUCGACUAAGCUUGAAAGUCUUCCUCGAUACUCUGCUUGUUCUGACCAAACAGGACCGACUAUGCCAUGUCAUUUUGUCAACCAGCGAUUCUUUCUUCCAUCACUUUCUGCGAAGCAUGAAUGUUGGACACCACACACAACUUCUGACAAUUGGAGAUUGCUCAAAGGAAGAGACUCGGGCUUACUUCGAUGGUACCAUUCAAGAGAUGGUUCCAGAACACCUACAGCACAAGUUAAGCUUUGACGAUGUCUACGAGGCCUUUGGUGGAAAACUGGCCCAUAUCAACGACUACGUCAGCAGCUGGGUCAAUGCCGAAGGCGAACUUCCGGUCUAUCAGAGCGCAGUCUUUGUCCAGGCUUACACACUCCUGCAAUUUCAUCUGACCAAAAGCACGUUCCAGACUUACUCUCCUUUAUCCGUGGCGACGGCAGGAACCAGCACAGCAGCUGAUGAUGCCACUUUUACACCGGAACAUCUGAUACACGUGAUGAAGAAGCUCGUUGUAUCACCUUAUUCGCUGCCAUACUUCCAAUUGUGUCGGGAGAUUGGCACGAAUGAAGUGGACUCCAUGAUCAAGACCAGGAUUCUUGAAUUACGAUGGACGAGGAGCGUAACACCCGAAGACUCUGCUGCUGAGCAGGUCUGGUCCAACGAUGGGAUACAGAGACCUGUUGUCCUCCCAAUGACUCGCAUUGUUAGAAGAGCAAUGGAGGUGGUGCUGAAAGAGAUUGCAGAGGCUGGUGAUACAACUCACAAAGCAGACUCAGAAGCACGAUAG